CUCCGGUCCUUUGAAACGAAACACAGAGAAGAAAGGAACAGAUUUCGAUACAACACCGGAAACAAUCGGCAUUUACGGAGAGGGGAGCAGCGAUGGGAAACCAGUAAAUGGAGAGGAUUGUUGCUGCUGCCUGCAAUCAGUCCGUCUUCAGCUGAGCAUAUCAGAGAGUUUAUUUUACAACAAUGGAUCCUCGGAACAGACUCAGACAACUGGAUGCUAACUGGGAGUCUCGCGUCGUCGACCUCCCACAGCAAGAUGGCUGUAAAAAGGAGGAGGUUCUUUCAGAGGAGGAACCAGAAUCGCCACACGUUAAAGAGGAACCAGAAGAACCAGAACCGCCACACGUUAAGGAGGAACCAGAAGAACUAGAACCUCAACCUAUUAAAGAGGAACCAGAACUUCCAGGUGUUAAGGAGGAACCAGAGGCUGAUUUCAUCAGUCAGGAUGAGGAGCAGCCUGCUAACGACUUUUUUCUGCACAUAAUCUGCAAAGAUGAAGACUUCCACACAGAUCAGGAGAACAACUCUACUCUGAACCAGGAACCAGAACCUCCACACAUGAAAGAGGAAGAUGAGGAUAUCUGCUUCAGUCAGGAUGAAGAGCAGCCUGAGCUGAGGCAGGAAACCAGAACUUUUCAGGUGACUACUACUAAUGAUAAAAGUGAAUAUGGGGGACCAGAACCGAACAAGAAUCGGCUCCUUUCAGAGAACCAAAGCCUCAGCAGUGAAGUGAGUCAAAGUAACACUGACAUGAGUCAACAUGAAUAUUUUUGUCAUGUUUGUGGAAAAAGUUUCAAAAACAAAUAUUAUUUACCGAUUCACGUGAGAAUCCAUACAGGUGAGAAGCCGUUUGCUUGUGAACUUUGUGAAAAAAGUUUUUUGUGUUCCUCUGCUUUAAAUAAACAUUUGAACAGUCACACAGACCUGAAGCCAUUUUCUUGUGAAGACUGCGGGAAAAGUUUCAGGACUAAACAAAAAGCUUUAGAUCAUAUAAGAACACACACAGGGGAGAGGCCUUAUGUUUGUCAGACAUGUGGGAAAAGUUUCAGCACUAGCUAUAAAUUAUUGGUCCACACAAGAACUCACACAGGGGAAAAAGUGCAUUUUUGUAAAAGUUGUGGGAAACAUUUCUCUGAAAAGGGAAAAUUGACAAAUCACUUAAGAACACACACAGGUGAGAAACCAUAUUCCUGUACAACAUGUGGGAAAUUAUUUUCUGAACAGGCAAAAUUAACCACUCACAUGAGAAUUCACACUGGUGAGAAACCAUAUUCCUGUGAAAUUUGUGGAAAACGGUUCUCUCUUAGUGGGAACAUGACCAUUCACAUGAGAACUCAUACGGGCGAAAAACCAUUUUCCUGUGAAACCUGUGGUAAAAGUUUCAGUGUCAAAAUCCAUUUAUCUGACCACAUAACAACUCACACUCACGAGAAACCAUAUUCCUGUGAAACAUGUGGGAGAUGUUUUAGUCGUCGGUAUAGAUUAAAAGUUCAUCAAAAAAUUCACACAGAUGAGAAGCCAUUUUCUUGUGAACAAUGUGGAAAAGCAUAUUCUUGUGUAACGUGUCAAAAAACCUUCAAGCACAAAACUAAUCUUUCGCGCCACAUGAUGACUCACAGUGAUAAGAAGCCAUACUCUUGUGAUAUCUGUGGGACAACCAUCACCCACCUUCACAGCUUGAAGGCUCACAUGAGAACCCACACAGGCGAGAAGCCAUAUUCUUGUCAUACUUGUGGGAUGUGUUUCAGUCAUCGUUCCAGUUUACAAAUUCACACAAGAACUCACACGGGUGAGAGACCAUAUUCUUGUGAAAGUUGUGGAAAAUGUUUCAUUGACAAAUCUACUUUGUCACGCCACAUGGCAACCCACACAGACAAGCUGAAGAAAUCUUGUUAA